AAACAGCCUCGCAACCAAAAGUACCGUCUUACGUUAAAUUAGACUCGACAAAGGUAACCGCCAGGUGUGGCGCGUAACCCGAAUCCGACGGUGGAGAUUUCAUCAUCUUCUCUUUACUGAGUCUUUUUUUCUUUUGUUUUUUUUUUUUUCCAGUUUUCCUUCUCCUUUAGGGUUUCUGUGAAGUCAUCACCGUCUUCUCCUCCUCAGUCCCCGUAUUUAAACCUUUUCACUGUUCUUUAUUUCGCCGGUUUGCGGUGCAGUUCUCUCUGCCCUCCCAAAAAUUCCUUAAUUAAAAAAAAAAAGAAAAAAAAAUUUCUUUGGUUUGCGGUGCAGUUUUCUUUUCUUUUUUUUUUUUCCUAAAAAAAUUUCUCAUUUAUUUCGAUUUUGGUUGUUUCUAUCCAUACCGAUCUUUCCGUAUCCCCUCCACUCUUCGGAUCUCCGACGACCCUUUUACCCGCCACCUCCACCGCUUUUAUUCGAUUAUUACUGUUUUUUCCUGAUUAGGUUGUUACUGUAAGAGUUUGGAAUUAGCGGUUUGGGGGAGUAAUUUGGGAAAUAUACCAGUGUGUAAUCUUUUGUUGUGUCGGGAAAGGUUUAGGGUUGCAAUGGCGCAGAUUCAGGUUCAGAAUGCUACAGUGCCAACUGGGCCCAAUGGAGUCCCAGCUCCGGCUGGUGGCGCUGCGGCGACGGGUGCGGCGGCGGCAGCUGGUGCCGCGGGGAGCAAUUUUUUGUCGACUUCGCUGUACGUUGGGGAUUUGGAUGUGAACGUGAGUGAUUCGCAGUUGUACGAUCUGUUCAACCAGGUCGGGCCGGUUGUCUCUGUUAGGGUUUGCAGGGAUGUCAAUACUCGUCGCUCUCUGGGUUAUGGCUAUGUCAAUUACAAUAACCCUCAGGAUGCUGCAAGGGCCUUGGAUGUAUUGAAUUUUACUCCUGUUAAUGGGAAGACAAUCAGGAUCAUGUAUUCUCAUAGAGACCCUAGCAUUCGCAAGAGCGGGACAGCCAACAUUUUCAUCAAGAAUUUGGACAAGGCUAUUGACAAUAAAGCCUUGCAUGAUACCUUCUCAAGCUUUGGUAACAUCCUCUCGUGCAAGAUAGCUACGGACUCUAAUGGGCAGUCCAAGGGUUAUGGUUUUGUACAAUUUGACAAUGAAGAAUCUGCUCAAAGUGCUAUUGACAAGUUAAAUGGGAUGCUGAUUAACGACAAGCAAGUUUUUGUCGGUCCUUUCCUUCGUAAGCAGGAGCGGGAUUCCGCAUUGAGUAGGACCAAGUUCAACAAUGUCUAUGUGAAAAACCUCUCUGAAUCUACCACAGAAGAUGAUCUUAAGAAAGUUUUUGGUGAGCACGGGACCAUCACUAGUGCAGUGGUAAUGAGGGACGCAGAUGGAAAGUCGAAGUGUUUUGGGUUUGUCAACUUUGAGAAUGCUGAUGAUGCUGCCCAAGCUGUUGAGGCACUUAAUGGACAUAAGUUUGAUGACAAAGAGUGGUAUGUUGGUAAAGCUCAGAAAAAGUCAGAAAGGGAGCAAGAACUUAAGACUCGCUUUGAGCAAAGCACAAAGGAAGUGGUAGACAAAUACCAAGGAGUGAAUUUGUAUGUAAAGAAUUUAGAUGACACCAUUGAUGAUGAUAAGCUAAAGGAACUGUUUGCAGAGUUUGGCACCAUAACAUCAUGCAAGGUUAUGCGUGAUCCGAGCGGGAUCAGCAGAGGAUCAGGGUUUGUUGCUUUCACUACCCCGGAAGAAGCUUCUAGAGCUCUUACGGAGAUGAAUGGGAAAAUGGUGGUUAGCAAACCACUUUAUGUUGCUCUUGCUCAGCGCAAGGAGGAGCGAAGAGCUCGAUUACAGGCUCAAUUCGCCCAAAUGAGGCCUGUUGCUAUGGCACCAGCUAUGGCUCCUAGGCUGCCAAUGUAUCCUCCUGGUGCUCCUGGUAUGGGACAGCAACUAUUUUAUGGUCAAGCUCCUCCUGCUAUAUUACCCGCUCAGGCGGCUGGAUUUGGAUACCAGCAGCAGCUUGUAUCUGGAAUGCGACCUGGUGGAGGUCCUAUGCCUAACUUUUUCAUGCCAAUGGUCCAGCAAGGCCAGCAAGGCCAGCGGCCUGGUGGUCGCCGUGGUACAGGCCCUGUGCAACAAGCCCAACAGCCUGUUCCGAUGAUGCCACAGCAGAUGAUGCCAAGGGGACGGAUGUUUAGGUAUCCAGGUGGACGAAAUGUUCCGGAUGUGCCAAUGCCAGGGGUUGCUGGAGGUAUGCUCUCUCCAUAUGAAAUGGGUGGGAUGCUUCCUAGAGAUGCUCCCAUGGUUCAGCCAAUGCCAAUUACAGCACUGGCCACAGCACUUGCAAAUGCAUCAUCUGAGCAGCAGCGAACGAUGUUGGGUGAAAAUCUGUACCCACUGGUUGAUCAGGUUGAGCAUGAACAUGCGGCCAAAGUGACGGGCAUGCUUCUGGAGAUGGACCAGACUGAAGUGUUGCAUCUGCUCGAGUCACCAGAUGCUCUGAAGGCAAAAGUUGCCGAGGCGAUGGAGGUCCUGCGGAAUGUUCAGCAGCAGGCAGGCGGCGCUGCUGAUCAGCUAGCCUCCAUGUCGCUCAACGACAGCAUUGUCUCCUGAGCGCGUGAAGUGACGAUGGUGCAAGUGGGUUUUUGAAGAGUUUAAUAUGCUUUUGUAGUGGUGGUAGGAUUGUAGGGGAGAGUUUUUGGGGAUGGAUUUAGGGUUUGAAGUCUUAGAUAUUAUUCUCAGUUUGAUCAUUAUUUUUGUGGGCUUCCUUUUGAAGAUUUUGAAGUUCUCUCCCUGUUUUGGGUACCUUUUUAAUUUAUGGAAAACGUUUUAGCACUUUGUGACCUUUGAAACCAUGAGAUGUUGUGUUUGUCUGUUGUAGGGGUGUUCACGGUUUGGCUCAAACCGGUGGAACUGUCCAAUUCGAUCAUUGGUUUGGAUUAACGAGCGGAUUAUAAUUAUAUUUUUAAACCGACGGAUUGAAAAAUUAAAAAUCGGUCAAUUCGGUCUGGAUUACGGUUUGGUACUGUUAAACCGUCUGUCAAUCCGGAUCGGACCGUAUAUAUUAUAAAAUAAUAUAAAUAUUGGUUUUGUAUAUAUAGCGUCGGAUAGAGACUUUGAAAGUGUUAAGUUGUUUUAUUAGCAUUGUUGUUGUUCCCUCUACAUUAGACUUUGCUGAAGGGGUCGUGUGUUCGUAUCCCCAUGGACUAAUUAUUUAUUUAUUUUUUUUCAAGAAAAGCC